AUGAAUCUGUUUUCCUCUGCAUUCAUUAAUGUGAUCCAAGGCCAUAUUCGUUGUGCACCAAUGAAUCCAUUUUCCUCUGUAUUCAUUAAUAUGAUCCAAGGCCAUAUUCGUUGUACACCAAUGAAUCCAUUUUCCUCUGUAUUCAUUAAUAUGAUCCAAGGCCAUAUUCGUUGUACACCAAUGAAUCCAUUUUCCUCUGCAUUCAUUAAUGUGAUCCAAGGCCAUAUUCGUUGUGCACCAAUGAAUCCGUUUUCCUCUGCAUUCAUUAAUGUGAUCCAAGGCCAUAUUCGUUGUGCACCAAUGAAUCCAUUUUCCUCUGUAUUCAUUAAUAUGAUCCAAGGCCAUAUUCGUUGUACACCAAUGAAUCCAUUUUCCUCUGCAUUCAUUAAUGUGAUCCAAGGCCAUAUUCGUUUUGCACCAAUGAAUCCAUUUUCCUCUGCAUUCAUUAAUGUGAUCCAAGGCUAA